UAGAGCUCUUGCAAGGAAAAUGGCAGACGAAGCUAAUUUAGAGAAGGUAGCUCUGGAAAAUCGUGUGGAAAAUAUGGAAAAUACUUUGAAGGAAUUGAUGGCUUCAUUCCAAUCUCUUCAAGCAACCUUAGUCACAAGGGCACCUUCGACAACAAAUCCCUUGUUUGAAGGAAAUGUUUCUGUGGCAAAUCUCCCUAUCACCACAUCUACUCUUGGAAAGGAGCCAAUGUCAUCUUGCCCUCCGGAUCCAAUUAUUGGUGGAACUUCUAGGACAAAACCAUUUGUUCUAAAUGCUGGUGUUGCUACAGUUCAGUCUAAUGGUCAAGAAGAGAUUCAAGUUGUCAAGUCAAUCACAAAGGAUGAAGACAAGGCAACUAAAGCGAAGGUGCAGUUGAUGGAGGAAACACUAAAUUCGAUGCAAGGUGUCCAAACCAAUAAACCGGUUGACAUCUCAUCUUUGUGCUUUUUCCCAAACAUUCAAUUGCCCCAUAAGUUUAAAUUGCCUGAGUUUGAUAAGUACAAUGGCACUGGUUGUCCUUAUGCCCACUUGACGAUGUACUGUAGGAAGAUGGCUCCUUAUGCUAAUGAUGAGAAGCUAAUGAUACAUUACUUUCAGGACAGUCUGAUAGGGCCUUAUCGUGAAAAGUUGAUGACUUGUGUAAAUUACACUUUCGCUCAGUUGGUUAUUGUGGGAGAACAAGUGGAGGAUGGAAUCAAGUCUGGAAUUAUUAUGGAUUAUCAAGCAAUGAAGAGUAUCCUUGAACAAUACCGAAAGGGUAGUUCAAGGGUUUCUAGUUUGAAGAAAGUGGGUCAAAAUCAAAACAAGGAGAAUGAGAAUGGCACUAUAAGCUCAGUUUAUGAAACAUAUGGGAGAAAUAAUCAACCACAUCCUCGGGGGCAAUUCAAUAAUUCUUUCCAAGCUGCAACUUAUCAACCGACAGUUUAUUCAAGUCAGCCAAGGCCAAUUUAUGCCUCUGGUAUCAAUCAUCCGCAACAAAAAAUGAGACGACAUUUCGACAAGCUUCCUUUGUCAUACACUGAAGUGUUUCAACAAUUGGUAACAGCUGGUCUUGUUACUCCCGUACCUAUGGUGCCAUUAAAUCCACCAUUUCCAACAUGGUAUAACCCACAAGCAAGAUGUGAAUACCAUAGUGGAGGUGUUGGACAUGACCUUGAAAAUUGUCUUGCUUUAAAGCACCGUAUGCAAGAUCUGAUAGAUGCAAAGGAGUUACAGAUUGCAUCAGAACCAAAGGUUGUUGGUCCGAAUAUCACUAAAAACCCCCUACCAACACAUGAUAGUUCAACAGUCAAUAUGAUCAAGAAGGAUUUUGAGGAAGGUCAAGAGGUGGCUGCAAUUACUUUUAUCAAUCAAGUUUCAUCAAUUCCUAGACAGCCUUUAAUAUUGAAGGGACCAACGCUUACAGUUCCACUCAAACAAGGUUGAUCUUAGAACUGCUACUGAUGAGGGCUUGAAUAAGUGAAUAAUGGAGUUUUUCCCUAUUGCUAUCAUUUUGGAAUGAGAUGUUAGUCUUUAUUUGCAUUUUCCAAACUCCCUUCAUAUUGCAACUUGAAUCUUUGUUCUUCAUGUUUUAAUUCAUGGUUCUUUAGUUCUUGAUUUUUAUACUUCCAUGAGUUGCACUGUUAGUGAACUUGAAUUCACUGUUGAACCCCAUAGAGAAAAUCGAGGGUUGAGAAAAAGAGAAGUGAGGGAGGUGAUUGAGGGGAAAAUAAUGGAUGAGUGGGAAUGAAGGAAAUGUACAAAG